CAGAACAAGGGCAGCUCUGUGCCAUCCCUGCAGGGACAAGUCCCUGUGCUGGAAGACAGGGAGAGGCUCUGUGCUGGGCACCAGCUCUGCAGGUUUAAGAGUAGAUGUUUCCCCCACUGAUCAAGUUGUACAUUUGGGAUGGAAAUGGUGGACAGUGCUAAACGUGGUUGUACAGAGCCUUCUCAGAAAUGCUACAAGACUUUUUUGAGCAAAUCUUGCCUAACCACAACCUCCAUAAGUGGCUUCAUGAGAAACGCAUCCUCUGGCAGGGCCUAUCCCCCUCAGCCUCAAUAAUUUACUACAAAAUGCAAAAUGAUGUGGAUUACCAAAGUGGCUCCAUGUGCCACAAAGAUCCUUUAUUCUCCUUCAUGUAAAGGCUGUGAGAAGGGCAGCUCUGGACCUCAGCUAAUUCGAAGGUGCCUGACGGGCUCACAGGCUGCUGAAGCUGAACCUGCCCGGCGUUUUCCACUGUAGGAUGGAGGACGGCAGCAGAGCCCACAUCGCCAUUGUUGGCUGGGCCUGCACAAUCCUGUGCUUGGUCUCCUACGUGGCUGCCUUCUCGCACGGCGCCGGCCUUUCAGCCUGCACUGACAUGAUGCCCAGGCACCUGAGAGCACAGCUGCACAGCCCCAGCAACAACUACGUUACUGUCCACACCAACAUGUCCUUCUACCUCCCAGGUGACAAAGUUCCAGUGACAGUGAGAAGCACCCGGGAUUUUAUGGGCUUUUUGCUUCAAGCCCGCAAAGUGUCUAAUGAUGAAAUUGCUGGCACAUUUGUCUUCAUCCCUCCUGGUUCCAAGCUGCUGACUUGUUUUGAAGACAGUGAUGCUGUCACCCACUCAGACAAAUCACUGAAGAGAAAUCUCUCCUUUGUAUGGAAAGCACCAGACCAACCCAUAGGAGACAUCAAGUUUUUCAUCUCCAUAGUCCAGUCAUACUUCGUUUACUGGGCAAAGAUCGAAUCUGCUAUCGUGGCUCAGCGAGGGCAAAAUAAAAUGCUUGAUGGCAGUGGCAAGAGUCCUGACCCUGUAUCCCCAGCACCCUCACGGGGACCAGCUGACCCAAAACCCACAGGUCCCAUCUCUCUCAUGGCUGCCACCAGCUCUCCACCACGCACCCCUGCGCUGGCUGCCAGUGCCACCGGCAUCACGGCAACGUUGGCACUGGACUCAGGUCUCGAUGUCAAGUCAGACGUCCAUCCCAUUGCUGAGCCAAAGCAGCUGGCCCGGCCUUCGCGAGCUGUGUCCGACAGAAGCAGAGAGUCCAGCAGCCACGUGUUAGAGAUGUCCCUCCCUACCCAAGACCCUGGCACAGUGGACAACUUGCAAGGUUUUCUCUCCCAGGAAAACACCUCCAGCUACAGCACCUCCAAUGGAACAGGAAGCAUUGCCAGCACUGCCACCCCUCGCUCGUGCCUGAUGUGUAAAGAAGACAGACAGGCCAGUACCGAGAGCAGGGCUGUCUCGAAAGCCUCCCCUCAUGAGACAGUAUCUCCUUCUGCCCCACAUGUCCACACUCACCUGGGUGAUGCUGCUGCGACAACAGCCUCGUUUGGUGAUGCUGAUGCUGCCAGCAACUUGUCAUCAGCUUCAAGGCAAAUGGCAGAAAGAAAGCUGGAGCUGCAGCCAGAGGAGGAAGGCACCAGGGGUGAGGAGGAAGAGGCAGGUGGAAAUACCUUGCCAUGGGUGACUAGGCCAGCUCCGGAAUCCGCUGUUCCUGAGAAAGGGGAAGACCCUGCCAGAGGGACCCGACUCCUAGCAGCCCAACUUGGCAUCCUUCUGGUCUGCACUGUCGCCCUGGGGCUGGCACUGGCAGCUGCUAUGCGCUGUGUCUGUGCCCAGCAUUGCCACAAGCGGACGGAGGUCUCCUUCGGAGAGCCAGACCCCAACGUCAUCGCUGUCAGAGAGAAUGGGGAGGUGAUGCAUUUCCGAAAGAUCCGGGAGAACAGCUUUGUGCUGGUGCAAGCCGAGUACAACUGGGUCAGCCCCUCAAGCAGUGGGAAGAAGACAAUUAUCUGAAGACCUGCAAUGCUAAAAGCAGAGCUACAGCGGCUGGCAUAGCUGAAAACAGCCCGGCCUGCACGGCACAGAUCGCAGGAAGCAGUGGUGUAGUUCCUAUAUUUGCCACCAUAUAGGUAAACAAAGCCUAAGCAACCAGUUCAGACAAAGGUGUUAGUUGGAAGUAUCUAAGC